CAGCCACUGUACGAGUGAUUACAUCGCUAUUUAUUCGGGUCCGACCACGUCAAGCCCGUUGCUGAAGAUGCUCUGCGGCAAGGAGAAGGCAGCAUUGGUACAUGACGGUCAAGAACUCCUCGUCGAGUUCAGAACUGGUCCCGAGGUAUCACCUUUCGAUUACAAUGGUUUUGUCGCGGUACUGAAUUUCAUAGAAAUGACGACGGAAGCUCCAACAACGAUUGCUGUUGAAAGCACAAAUAAAAGCGUUGAAAUGAUGAAGUCCGGUAGCUAUAACAACCGCGACUUACACGAUCACCGCAAGGAUCAAGGUGCCGUGAUCAACAGUUGCGACCUCGAGGUGAGCGGUGAGAAGGUACGGGCAGGUCACCACGACACCAGGGGCAAGCCAAAGUCCACGACAUGCAGACUCGUGUUGCGUGGCCGCGCUUACGACACGGGACACGUCUCCUUAGCCAGUUACAACCUCAGUGCGCAGUCCUGCCAAUCGGCGAUCGAGAUAUUCGACGGUUCGCCGGAGAGCGGGAUGCUGGAUACCGCCAACUCUUUGGAGAGGAUCUGCAGCCCGGCACAGUGGUUCCCACGGGAACUCGCGGGUCAGGAUAAGUACGUCGAGCCAAAGCGUUACUCGUCCAAUGGUCGGGACAUGACGGUGGUUUUAAGGCGCGCCUCAAACAGCCCCACUGACGAGGAGUAUAUGGAGGUCUCGUAUUACUUCCACGACGAACGUGAGGGUGGCACUCAACAGCCUGCCAGCGUAUGCGACGUCGAAUAUUACGGAUUGACGUCACCAGUGGAAGGCUCGGUGGUGCAUCCGGAGCCGCACCGAUUAUUCGCCAUGGAAGGUCCGGUGAAGUGCAGGCAGCACUUUAUACCGGCGCCCAACCAGUCGGUGGUCAUUACUGUGAAAGGUAGCACGAAACAGACUCCAAACAGCCCGUGCGAGACCAAGUGCGGUGACAGCGGCUGCCACUGCGUCAGCAAGUCCGUGGAGAAUAUGGACCACCUUCUGCUUGUCUCCGAGACCGGACACAUUGUCACGUGUCUCUGCGGAAAUUACCAGGACUGGCUUCCUGUGGGUAUUCGUAGCUGGACUCCGGUCUACAUCGAAUGGUCGAGGUCGUCAAGGGCGGGCCUCAAUUUCCACGCGGCCUACAAGUUUAUCAAUGACACUUACUGCGGCGAUCACACGAUGGCGGAACCGGAAGGCGAGGUCAAUGGUGGUGAUCUGGCGAGCGCCGGGCUCAAGCUAAAUCAGUAUUACCAGCAGAAGUGCACGUGGAUCCUGGACUCGGCGAUCGACCGGCAGCUCAUCAUCGAAGUCAAGUCCACACAGAGCCGACCCUGCACUGCGUGGAAUCUGACAAUACACGAAUACAGAAAGGAGGGCGAUCCCGCCGGACCCAGAUUGCACACGUUCUGCUCGAGGGAUUCGCACAAGAAUUUCACCCUACCGUGGAAGAUGAAUACCGCGGUGGUUAGACUGCAAGCCCUCGGUAGAACCGCGCCGCAGUACACGAUGAGAUGGCGAAGUCUGACGGUGAUCGCCAACACUCGCAAAAGCGGACCAUCGCCAGCACCAAACUGGCACGUGAAUUUCUCGAGUAAAACGGAACCACGAGGGACGGCUUUUCUCGUUUUCAUCGUGUUCACAAUACUGUUCGCGCGUUCGUUCGAUUGUUAAAAGCGCGAACUCGAGGUAAAAGAAUCGCGUCUACACACUACCUGUUCCUGUUAAUCGAACGAGCCUAAGUUAUAUAGAGUCACAUAUGUACAUAAACUUGUGAGGACUCGUGCCCCGGAAUCCUCGUUUUACGUCGCCCGAUUUGUAAGAAUGAAUUUUAAGAUGGAUCACAUCGUGUUGCGCUGAUCGAGAACCGAGAUUUUCCACCGACUGGCUCGUUAAUUCCUAACUGCAUAAUUUUCACGAAAGAAACAUUUUAGAUGCGGAAAGGGAAUAUCGCACGACCGUAUACGCGCGACAAAUAAUAAUUCGGAGACGAGACAUUUUUAACUAAUCUUUCUGCUAUAUUUUUCACUCUACAUACGAUCCAUUUUUUACGAUACGAUGGAGAAUUAACGAACCAGUUUACUGUUCUUCUCGAUCAAAUCGUACGUGCACAUAUAUGUAUAUGUAUAUUAUAUUAUGUGCCCAUAUAUGUGCGUACAUCAGAUUUAAAGAGAAUAAUGAUCGACAUUUGUAAUGAGUGAUUAGCUUGCACAAUCUGUUAUUUGAAUCAGAGAAGAGUCUGGUCUAUGAAGGUUUUAGGUCGUUCAUUCGACUGAGUUUAAAACUUUUUGUGCCCUACACUCAAAUAAAUGAUAAUAUUGAUUAUAAGAUUUUAUUGUUUUGCUGUAAUUAGAAUUUAAACAUUAUUAAUACAUGUAUAUAGAUAUUCAGUAUUGUAGAACCCGUUCACUCUGCGCCUCUCAUUUUCUAAAAUGUUUUUACAAAUCGAUAGUUGCUAAAUAAAGAUAUAACCGAUAUUGUUGUACAAUGGCAAUGUAUGCAAUUGUUUCUGAAAAUAAUAUAUGUAGAGCGUUA